GGUGGUCUCCUGUUUAAGCUCACUCUCGAAUGGCCAAUGCUGAAGACCUUUGCUUGAUUGAGUGAAAACUUUAUCCUGGAGUUGAUGGUGUAACAGGUGUUGAAGAUGAGCAGUCUAGAUGUGGCCCUCCCUGGGCUGACCGCAUCCGAUAACAAUCAUCAAUACUCAACAGCAGAGACCGCAAUUCAGACCUUUCUUUACCUCCUCAUCCUAAUCAUCGGCCUCCCACUGAAUGUUACAGUCCUGGUGCUGCUCUACAAGUGUCGUUCCCUGAGAAACGUCACCAACAUGUUUGUGUUCUCCUUGGCCAUGGCUGAUUUCCUGAUUGCUCUUUUGGGCCUGCCUUUCAUUAUCAUGGCAAUCGUGGCUCAGAGUUGGCCCCUGGGUGGAACAUUUUGUCAGAUCGCCGGCUUUGUGACUCUUUCCUUGCAGAAUAUCUCCAUCCUGUCGGUGGCUGGGGUUGCGUUGGACAGAUAUUAUGUGAUUGCAAAGCCGUUCAUACUUACCAUAACGCGAGAGAAAGCUAAGAAAAUGAUUGUGUUUGUGUGGUGGAAUGGCGUGAUCUACGGGAUCCCACCGCUCUUUGGAAUUGGCCUAUUCAAGUUCUCUCCCACCAGGUGUUUGUGUGAGUACAGCUGGUCUGAUGGGGGUUCCAGUCUGGUGUAUGGUAUCUACAUUUUUAUCUGGAUCUACGCAGUGGCUUUGACAACAGUUCUGGUCUCCUAUUACCUUAUAUAUCAGGUCAUGCAUAAUCAUAUAAAAUAUAGGGCCAGCCAACUCACCAGCGUUUCUCUCUCUGGGCAUGAAGAUAACAUAUUGCCCACAGACAAUAGAAGGUUCAGAUUGGGACGGGACAGCCUGCAAAGAAAAUGGGCCAGUUUUGUAGCAUCCAAUCCAAGCUUUUCUCUCAAGAGAAAGGUUAGGGCCAGAUUCAACAACUCGCUGGAUAUGAGAAUGGAAUCCAAAACAGCCAAAACGAUCAGCGCUGUUGUAGCAACCUACUUCUUCACCUGGACACCCUAUUUUAUUGUGAACUUCUGGCACAGCUCUGGGUCAGGGACCAGAAUUCCACAGAUGCUGGACUUUUUCUCCUGUUGGCUGACUUUCCUCAAUUGUAUCCUAAACCCGGUUCUGUACGCAUUUUUAAAUCGUCAAUUCAGGCAUUGCUGUAAGGAGUACUGGCACCGGUGGGUCGGGCUCUCAGCUAAGCAGAGCACAAAGCAAGUUGGAAAACCCAAUCUGAACGUACACAAUUUCAGCACCAACAAGGCUGAGAGCAGGACCACUUUCGAACUCAUGUCGAGUACUACCUCUGUACCUCCAGGUAACGUCACUAGGGAGCUACGACCCACAGCAUCACCACCGCGUGGGGGACAUUCCACCCUUCAGGUAGAGUCCAUUGAUGAGACCAGAUGCAGAACAUUUAGCCAAGAGAGCUCUUCUCCGCACACUGUCGAGCCAACCCUGUAGUCUUUCCCCCCCCCCCAACACCCGACUCGGAGUCAGGCUCU